UUGUCAGCGCAGCCCGGCGCUAUGGCAUCCUGCUGGGGCUUCAGGCUCGGGCUCUUCCUCCUCCUCCUCCUCCUCCUCCUGCUGGCUGGGAAGCGGCUGCUGCAGCGGCAGAGCCAGCCCUGACGGCCGCGCUCCCCGGGCAAGAGCCAGGCGGAGCCCCCAGAAGUGGAGCGCAGUUUCCAGGCUAAACACCAAAAUACGUGUAAGCCAUGGAGUCCAACCAGGAAUCCUCGCUCUUCCUGGUGAAGAUCUUGGAGGAGCUGGACACGAAGCAGAAUACUGUUUCUUACCAGGACCUCUGCAAGUCCCUGUGUGCGAGGUUUGAUUUAUCCCAGUUGGCCAAGCUCCGAAGCGUGCUGUUUUACACCGCUUGCCUGGAUCCUAAUUUCCCAGCGACUUUGUUCAAAGACAAAAUGAGAUGCACUGUAAACAAUCAGCAAUCAAAGAAAAUCAUGGUUGCAGCAGAUAUAGUAACAAUAUUCAACCUCAUACAAAUGAACGGGGGAGUGGCCAAGGAGAAACUUCCAGUUGCAAGGCAGAAAGUGAAGAAGAAAGAGUCCUUCGAGUCCUGUAGAUCUGACACGGAAAUCUGCAAUGUGGCAGACUGCGUGCCCAACUGUGAGCUGAACGACCAGGAGUUCAACCGGGGCUUUCCAGUCAGAAGGUCUUCAAAAUGCAGAAAGAUGGACUGCAAAGACUGUCAACAGUUUGUCCCCUCGUCAGAACCCAACUUUUUACUCGGCGUUAAUAAGGAGAUGAAGGGCCGGGCUGCCUCUCUGGACAGGCUGCAGGCGCUGGCGUCCUACUCCAUCGCCACGUCUCCACCAUGCGAGAUGCAGAGUACAUACUUCCCCAUGAACAUUGAAAAUGAAUCUAUUUCAGACCAGGACUCCUUGCCUAUAACUGCAGGCAUAAAAGAAACUUUCAUUUCAAACGACGAGCCGUUUGUGAUGCAGUCGUGUGUCCAGAAAAGAAAUAUAUUCAAAGAAGAUUUUCAUAAUCUGAUUACAAUAUCUCCCAACUUAAUACCAUCCAACAAAAAGCCAGAAGAUGGACACAGAGAGCCUCAGAACAGGAAAGAAAGCUCUAAGCAGGCUUUCUUCAACCACAGCUUUGAAAUGCCGUACAGCAGCCAGUACUUGAAUCCAGUUUAUUCUCCUAUACCAGACAAAAGACGAGUGAAGCACGAAAGUUUAGAUGAUCUUCAGGCUUCCACGUAUUUUGGCCCAACUACUAUUCUCGGGCCCCAGGACACCAAAAAGUGGACUGGAAAGCCAACCAAGCAAACUGCCUGGCCAGCUAAAAGCUGGAGUUUAAAUACCGAGGAGGUACCUGACUUUGAACGAUCAUUUUUUAACAGGAAGCAGUCUGAAGAGAAGCCGCGAUACCAGAGUUCGAACAACCCUUCCCCAAACUUUCCUUCAGCUGACAGGCAUCAGUCCUACCUAAACGUGAAGGAUCAGCAGCCAAUUAUGCAGGCGAACUACGCUGUGAAACCAAAUGGGCAUAAACCCAAGGAAAUUCCUUCCAUUUUAGAAGUGGAAAAGCACGAGCCAGUCAAAAAGUUUAAGGAUAAAAGCAUUAAUUGUACUUCUGUGCAGAUCUUAAGCAUUGACAGGACCACGAGUGUUGGGACACAAACGGAGCAGCAAGUUCUGGAGCACAAGAAAUGCAAGGAUUUGUGUGCGGCGGGCCAAGCCAAGUACGGAGAGCGGCACUCUCUUAAGCAGUCGGAUGAUGACUCUGAAAUCGUGAGCGAUGACAUCAGUGACAUUUUCCGGUUUUUGGAUGACAUGAGUAUCAGCGGGUCGACGGGAGUGAUGCAGUCUUCGUGCUACAACAGCACCGGUUCCUUGUCUCAGGUGCAUAAAUCGGACUGUGAGAGCUCACCUGAGCACAAUUUGACUAAAAUCUCCAACGGGAGUGCGUGCAACAAAUUGGAUAAACUGGUCCGGGCAGAUAUCAGUAACACAGAUGAUGAACUAAAAACGAGUGUCUGCAAAUUAGUUUUGAGGAUUGGCGAAAUAGAGAAGAAACUGGAAUCUCUCUCAGGUGUCCGAGAAGAAAUCUCCCAAGUCCUGGGAAAAUUAAGCAAGUUGGAUCAAAAAAUUCAGCAGCCAGAGAAAGUCAGUGUACAAAUAGAUCUCAAUUCUUUGACAAGCGAGGCCGCAUCAGAUGAGAGUAACUCCCCGCAGAUAUUUCAGUGCCACAAUACUCCUCACGGAGGCAAACUGGAGAAUAAUCCAGAAUGGUGCUGUUCAGACGCCAGUGGAAGUAACAGCGAGAGUCUUCGAGUAAAAGCCUUAAAAAAAAGUUUGUUUACUAGGAGGUCAUCAAGAUCAUUAACAGAGGAAAACAGUGCAACUGAAUCCAAAAUAGCAAGUAUUUCAAACUCUCCCCGAGACUGGAGAGCUAUUACUUACACCAACCAAGUUGGCAUUACGGAAGAGGAGAUGAAAGAGAGAGAUGGAGGAGAAAAUAAGGACUGGCACAGGAAAUCUAAAGAGGCAGACAGGCAAUACGAAAUCCCACAGCCACAUAGACUGUCUAAACAACCAAAAGAUGCUUUCUUGAUUGAACAAGUCUUUAGUCCUCAUCCCUACCCUGCAUCACUCAAGUCACACAUGAAAAGCAACCCGCUCUACACAGACAUGAGGUUGACAGAGCUGGCUGAAGUGAAACGUGCCCAGCCAUCGUGGACCAUAGAGGAAUACACGAGGAAUUCGGGGGAUAAAGGCAAGAUUGCGGCUUUGGAUUUACAAACUCAAGAAUCUUUAAACCCAAACAACUUAGAAUACUGGAUGGAAGACAUUUAUACUCCUGGCUAUGAUUCCUUAUUAAAACGCAAGGAAGCCGAGUUCAGAAGAGCAAAGGUUUGCAAGAUCGCUGCCCUGAUAACGGCGGCAGCUUGUACGGUUAUUCUGGUCAUUGUAGUUCCCAUUUGUACAAUGAAAUCCUGAACCUGCGGACAGACCGGUGGCUCCCAGCUGUGCGCAUCUCAGCUCAUGCUGUGUUUCAAACGUCUGAUGGCAAAACUGUUAGGAAUUCGCUAAGGAAGAAUGUUCUUGAGGAUAUCCCGAUGGAGAAUGUGCUGUAACCGCAGACAAAACAACUAGAGAAACUUUUUUUUUUUUUUUUUCUGGGGGGGGGAAAAGCAUUAUUUUAAAUAACAGACCGUGUGGCGGAGUUAAUGGGAACUCAGUUCAAUUUUUAUGCAUUUUUAAAAGUGCAAUAUUUUUUUUUUCCUAAAGAAACAAUAUAAAGUUUUACAGAACCAAGAGACUGGUGAGCAUCCAGGCAAAAGAGGAAGGUUGUCUGAGCUAUGUUGCAUUUAACGGAGGCGUGGGUCCAUGGAGGUAGCACUGUAUAGAAGGGAACGUUCUAUAUGCAUUACACCGGGGAGCUAGGAAAGUCUGAAAGCUCUCUACAAUGUAGAAAACUCUGAAUGUAUUGUAUUUAUUUUAUAGUACUUACAUAUUUCGUGAUCAUUUGAUUGAAAGCAGACUGUGUAGCCAUGAACAGAGUUCAUUCCUAUGUUCAGAUUAAAAAGGGCUCUUUGUAUUUGGUCUUGCCCUAAGACCUGCUCUAUCAUCACUGAGUACUUAGCUAAGUGCAAUGUGCUGCAGACCAAAAAGAUUAUGUUUUAAAGCAAUCACGAGAGGUUUUAGUUGCUUCUGUUGAAUAACAUUUGCAUAGAGCUGGCAAACUUGCCUUGCCAAAAGGGUAUUCUUUACCUCCGCAGACAGUGAAAUUGUCUCAAUUUCACUCCUGCCAGCAAGCAAAGCUGGCAAAUCAAAGCAACGCUCCGUUAAAGUUCUUGGAAAUGUAAUCUGAACAGUUAUAAUUUUUUUCACAAAGUCGUUGUGCCUUUUUUUUUUUUUUUUUUUGGACUGUAGAUUAAAUAGAACUGUUUAAUUUUGCUAUUUUAAGCCCAUAACAUAAAUCACAACAUAAUGGGUACUAAUGGAGGUUCUUUUCCCGCAAGCCUUCUAUACAGCUCGGAGCGCUCCUCCAACAGCAGGGCUGGUGGUUACUGAGCACUUACAUUAAGGGCACAGUUUCUCAGCACUAGUGGAAACUUGCUGUUAACGCAAUGCAUUCGGCACGGGGAGAUCUUUUGCUUCCCGCUUGCUAACAGACUUAAGAAUGGUGGUUGACUCUCCCGGACAGCAAGCAUUCUGCAUCCCAUGGGAAACGUCCAUUUGAUGCUUUAUCCCAAAUGCAAAUAGCAGGUUCAAAGGAAUUCUCAAGCCAUGACAGAAAUUAUCUGCCGUGGUUAGUGAAGGCAAAUACCCCGACAGCAUUACUCUUCUGUCAAGUAUAGAUGGAAAAAAAAAAAAAAGAGUAAAAAAACCCAAUAAAUAUUUUCAGAAAAUAACGUGAUCUUGCUGGUCCUCUAAGGGAAAGGAGAUUCUUUUAGUGACUACUCUUUAUGUAGGGUAAUUUGGUUUCUUCAGAAGCAGCCUCCCUACAGGAUGACACAGCAGCUAGGAAAGCAUCGGCUGCUCGUUCCUCCGGCUCGCUGGGAUGUGCCGCACUCGCUGUUUGUUUCUGGCUGGUUUAAAAAACAGUAGGGAGGAAAGGGUGUGUGGGAGGCGAAGGCUUUGUUAUGACUUUAGAUGUGUGUCAGUUCUCUCCUGCAGCUGGAGCGCUGUUUGUGCGCUGCUCGUGUGCUGCAUUGUAUUUAGGGAUAGGUGAUCCCUGGGAUCAUUGAUCUAUGGGAAAAACAAGUGUAAGCACAGGGUCGGGUGUCCCAUCAGCAAAUACUGAACAAGGAUAAGCCCCUAGACCGAAAUCUGCGCCUGCCUGGCCUGAAUCCUGACCCAAAUUCUGUAGCUUUGGCCCAUUCCUAAUACCAAGAUUAUUUCUCUUUCCUCCCAGAUGCUGCAGGAUGGAGUCACAGCAGGGAGGGAGCAAUUCACACUGUCUAUUUUAGGCUGCCUUCGGUUAUGGUAUGAUUCAGAGCACCUGAGUUCAGGAGCUCAGGAUCUGUACAUAGUAAAUAUAGACAGGUAGAGAAACCUCCGGGGAUGAUUCGGAGCCGCCAGCAAGAUGUCUAAUAUUAGACAUGUGAACACGCUCCGGAGGGCAUUGCUCUGCAGUUUACCUUAUGCACAAUUUAGGUUGAUUGUAUAUUUAAAAAAAAAAAAAUAAAUCUAUUCCUGGUUCCAGGUAAUGUCAGAAAGCCCUUUCACGCCCCUCCUUGGCCCGGCAAUAGCAAGCACGAGAUGCUCUUGGAAAGAGCAGCGUGGCCCUGUGGUGGCACAGUGUCAGUCCCCAUCUGCCCAUGCCGGCGGUGACAUGUCCCUUGGAGGGGUGGGAUGGCUGUGGGAUGGAUGUGGGGCAGACCCCCCCCGCCUUCACCAACCCCCUCCCCCAGCGAGCUGUCUGGCCCUGCCGCCCCCCAACCCGGCAUCCGCAAUGCUUCCUCCGUUGCAUCUCAGUAAUCUGCUUUUAGAAAAUGCCGGAAUAUCUCAGUGGAAACGGGAGAAGGGCGCAGGAGAUGCUGUUGAUCGCAGGGGCAGGCUGGGGCUGCGUUAGAGGAGGUGUAAGGGCCCCUGUUUUGUCUCUGCAGGGAUUUUUGGGUUUUGUCUGUGCAAGACUCAUCCCGCUGGCACCGGAUGAGUCUUUGCAUUAGAGAUGCCCAAAAUCCUGGGGAGGAUUUGGAAGGUGAUGGAGCCGUGGGUGACAUGGAGCUGGCUUAACCCAAGCACUCAGCAUCCCAAACAUCCACGCCAUUCCUAAUUUAUCAAGGUGCUUUGGCCCAUCCUUGCCUUGCAUGAGCAGCCCGUGGCACCCGCCUCCAUUGGGGCAGUGGUUUCCCGACAUGCCAGACUGUGACUCGUCAUGGAUCUCCCUCUCGGGGCUUGAUUUGGCCCCUGCGACCUCUGGGAGCAUCUCCAGGGCGCCAGGAGCCCGAGGGGAGUGGGGAAAGCAGAGCCCGGCUCCCAAACCUCCCCGCUCCGCAAAUACCUCCGGGAGCUGCUGCCUCGGCGCCUCCCCGGCUGCCUCCGGCAGCUCCUCGGCACCACCAGGAUGGGCAUCCCUAGCCGUUCCCAGCGGGUUUUACAUCUGGCACAGAGCUCCUCGCUUAAAAUAGGUAAGGAGGUGGAGCGGCGGGAUGCUGCCGCCGGAGGAGAGCAGCCUGGGAAGGAGGGUCCCUGGGGUUCCGCGCAGAGCGUACAAGUUAGGUGGAAUCCUGACAAUAUUAACCUGCAAGAAUGUCGUGAUCAACCUUGUGAACCAGUUAUCAGCUAGUAUAUGCUGUAUACUAUAUGAUAGACUUUUGUAUAAAAAAGAAAAAUAAACAAAUUAAAGCUAUAGGUACAUUGUAAUCCUUGGUGUGAUUGAAAAAAGUGUCCUAGAUUGUAUUACUUAAUUAAAAUAAUGAUGAGCAUAUUGAACUGUUUUUCGUAUUUAUGCCUUAUAAACUUGAUAUAUUACACAUGAUAAAAUGAAACUGCAAGAAUUAUGAAAGAAAUACUCCAUUUUGGGGGCAAAUCCCAUUUGCUUUUCCUAAAACAAGAGUGAGAAAUCAGCUCGAUAAAUCAUGUGUGCAGAACAGCAAGAGCAGGAUCUGUCCCCAAAUGACUUUUUAGGAUUUUU